AGGCGAGGCCGUGCCCUGCCGUCUACUAGUCGGUUUCCUCCAUAAGCCUUCCACGCCCGUCUUCCAGGCUAAUGCGACACCUGUCGUCCCCUCGUCCUCACGACGAGGAUCCUUGAAUUAAUAACAAGAUCGUCGCUAACCGGGGUUUGUGCUUGACCAUGGUUGACCCGGGGCUAACCCUCCCCGUCAGAACCCAGGCUCCCAACAGCGAGCAGUACCGAGCCAGCAAGGCGAGACACACGGCCAGCCAUCUGACAGGUGGCAUCUUACUCGACCUAUAAAAAGCCCCGUACGUGUUGCAACUGCUCGUUACUGGAGCUGCUCAACUCUUGCACGUGUUCUUGUAAGACCACAGGACCAUCACCGCAUUCGUGUUAAGACUAUUUCACUCGCAACGCCGGUUAUAUUUGCACGAGCAGUUGGGUCUUAACAGUAAGCACGUGGCCUGAACUUCCUUCCGGAGAUUGGUGAGCAUAAGUUUGAUCGUGCACACGUAGUGUUCAGUCACUUGUAACGCUGCUGGACAUGUUCUGGGUUGGCUAAGCAAACGAAGAAAAUUUGAGUUAUCGAGCCUGUCGGUUUUUGAGGAAAUUUUCCAUUCCUCUUAUCUCUCCCUAAAUGUCAUUGGCUUCGACGAGGACCAAGAUGACUGCUCUUCACGUCUUGAGUGUCUUCAAGCAAAACUUGAUGUUCUUGCAGUUCUUGCCUAUCUGGGUUUGUUUCUUAACAGUCGGGAUCGUCACAGGACUGAAUACACGUAUUUCGGUAGAUGGGUUGGAGUGCCCACCAUCAAAGAUGCUUAUUUCUUCUUACGAGUGUCGUAAGUGGGACGGUAGCGUCGGAAGAUGCACCAAGAAGACCUGUUGCACCGGGUACCAAUUUGCAGAUGGUCGCUGCGUUUCCAUUGCAGACAGGGCUGUGUGUGCAGAUUCUCCUUGCGAACAGCAAUGUGAAGAUUAUUUUGGACAAGCCCACUGCACAUGUUACCCUGGAUACGAGAUGAAUAAGGAAAAGUAUCGAGUAAGGGAGCAUCCAUAUUGCCAAGAUAUCAACGAGUGCAGCAUCAGUAAUGGCGGCUGUCUCCACUUUUGUAACAACACAGACGGCAGUUAUUUUUGUUCAUGUCGUCAUGGUUACCGGUUAGAUGCAGACUCUAAAUCGUGUGUAUUCCAGGAGGGUACAAACAGUACAGGUCACAAGAGAGAUUUUGGAGCUGGCGAUUUUUAUGAGGGAGGGCGCUGUCACACCAGCUGCUCGCAACUUCAGAUGUUCAAAGAAGCCAUUGUGAAGGUGGAGUCAAAGAUAGGUAUCCUAGAGAGCAGAAUACCCCAGCCUCCAGCCCUAUCCAGCGACGUACUACUCAAUUAUAACGACAACCAACAGACAACCCUCCAGCGUGUUAAGGGAGACAAGGGAGAACCUGGUAUAGGCCUUCCCGGCCCCGCCGGAUCACCGGGCCUGCCAGGUGUGCCGGGUUGUAAGGGAGAGCCAGGACCCAAGGGAGUAGCCGGCACCCACGGCCCGCCGGGAGUUACAGGAGCACCUGGUCCCCGUGGAUUACCAGGGGUACAAGGACCGAAGGGAGACCUUGGAGAUGUUGGUCCGAAGGGGGACGCCGGUCCGCCUGGCCCGGUUGGACCGAGAGGGUACUUGGGACAGACCGGUCCCGAAGGUCCACCGGGACCUAAAGGAGAGAAGGGAUCCUGCGUGUACGGCAGAACAAGAGGCGGGGUGGCAUCGAGUUUGAGAGGACCUAAGGGACAGAAGGGUGAUACAGGAGAGCCUGGCCCGAUGGGGUUGAUGGGAUCCAGGGGACUGACUGGGGAGAAGGGAAGCAUUGGACCCAUGGGACCCCCUGGACCACCAGGACAGCUGACAAUUGGUGAUGCGAACCUGACAGUGGAUGAACUGAGUCAAUUACAAGGGCCUAAAGGGGCUACUGGACCAAGGGGAUUCCCAGGCCCCCAUGGUCAAAAGGGAGAUAAGGGAGACUCAGGAUCCAGUGAGCUUCUACUCCUAAUCAUUGCUGAAAUGAAAAAAGAUAUCAUCAAACUCCAGAAGCGCGUCUUCAAUGAAGACCACGUGAUCACCUCAAGCGAACACAGUGACAGCCGCAACAGCUCGAAUCCUGCUGGUGACGUCAUCGGCAGGUCCAACUCUGAUUUGACAUUCACAAGUAGCUCUUACUUGGAUGAGGGCUCUGGGAAUUAAACUUUGUGCAGAUUGAAAACAUGCGAUAGGCCCACGCUUUUCCACAAAAUGUAACCUGUACGUUUGGGCGAGGUUUUGGUGUAGAGCCGCAUAUUUGCCUUAUCUCUCUUCCCCUACCUCUCGGAAAUGUCUCAUUUUUAUGUUAAAAGAUGAAUUUUUCAGAUGAAAGGAAAACAAGCAAAGUAUAAAUAGUUCCACACGAGUAGGGCUUCAAGUAAUGAUGAAUAAUUAAGUAAACAAUGGUGCUGCAAGCGCAUGCUUUUAAUGCGUGAUAUAAUAUGCAAAGAACAGAUUUGAUAAAGUUUAAUUUUCCAUUUCUCCGGUUUGUAUAUUUGAUAUGGUAAAAGUAGCAAUUAUUUAGACCGUGAAUCGAAUUGAAACAUUGCUGCAGAAAACUCCGUGCAAACGGGCCACUACCCAAGGCGGUGCAGUGGUGUCAUUCACGAUGUCAUUGACUGAGAAAGGUUCGAGUUAUGUACGACAUUAGAUAUCGGACCAAGCCUGGAAUUGAAAUGGCCCCCUCGAAUUCGUUGGGAUUUUUAAAUACAUACGUGUAUGUUUAAUUUUAGAAUUUAAUCUUCAUAAAUCGUUUUUGAGAGGAUUCAUGUGUUAUAGUACAAUGAGAAAAAUUGUAACUUUUUUAGUAAAGAAAACUGUGAAAGCAAACAAAAUACACAACUCAUAUUUUUUUCACGGAACACAUAUUUUUUUUCACAGAAAGUGGCAAAAUUUCCAAUUAUUUUACAUGAAAACGUAUAAAGACAUCUUUUAGUUGUUUUCUAAAAAAAGUUGGGAAAUGAUUUGCAACCCAUGAGUAACUUGCAUUCUAUUUUAUAUUUGGAAUGAUAUCAUUGUAAUAAAUUCCAGCCUUGUUUCAUAAUUUUAAGCCGCAAAAGGUGGUAAGUACUAUUUAUUUUAGGCUCACUCCUAAGCCAUCGAGUCUCUUGACAAAUAGCAUGGAAGUAUUCACCCCUCUUUGCCUCAUUCGAAUCCAGUUUCGAAUCCCGCCUUGGCCGGUGUCUGAAGUACUGAAUUCACAAUCAUAUAGAUGAACUUUUGCCCUGAGUGUAGGCCUUCACCCAGAACCAUCAAAAUUACAAAAAUUUAAAAGAAGAUUGUAAUAAUUGGUAAUCAAUAACUGCAUGACUUACAGUCGCUUUCACAGAACGAUUGUUAGUUUAUUAGUCAAGUCGUGUUGGUUAUGGCCUAUGCCCACAUAAGAACUGACAGGCCUACAGUAAUACAGUCGACUCGGUAAACAAAUACGACGUCGGUGAGAGGAGUAUUUUCAACACAUCCAAAUAAAUAGAAUGUCCAAGGAAUUACAUCUACCCACAAGAAGUUGACACUGAAAAUCAGUACAAGUAAUUUAAUUUCAAAACGAUGUAUGAACUUACUUUACUCCCAUUUUUUUACAAUGACAGUUAUUGUGUGAAAAGUGUUUUCCGCGUUGUCAUAUAUUUCUCGGCCAGUUCCUUCAGCUCUUGAUCAAAACUAUUUGCUGAGCACAUGACUGGAGCUUGUGUCUCUCUACAGGCUUUCGCAAUCAUUUCACUUGAUUUCUGGCGAUGGUCAUCCGUCGUUAGGUGGAUUAUUCUAAUAAACCCCCAAGUGAGCAGAGGUCAGGAACUUUUUUCACAUGCAAAUGUUCCUAGCGCACUUAGAGAUGUACCAGCCGAACAAA